AGGGGGCAGCCCAGAGCUCUCGGGUCCCGGACGGAGCCACAGCCACCACGCAGCAGCAGCGGGCGGUGUGAGCGGCCAUUUCCCCCCGCGGCUGCCCAUCGUGGAUGCUUGGAGACCCCCCACCCCAAUUCUCCUGCGGCCAAAGAGGGAAACUUCCUCGGCGGGCGAGUCUCGUGGGCUCUGCCAUAAUUUAUGGUGAUCUGCUGUGCCUGAUUCUUGGGGUUUGGCAGAAGUUGCUGGAGCUUGCAUGCUGCUUCAUGCAGUUACACGUUCUGGGUCAUGAAACUUAAUCCACAGCAAGCUCCGUUGUAUGGUGACUGCAUAAUCACCGUAUUGCUUACUGAGGAUGACAAAGCUGGAAGCGAUGAUGUAGUUUUCUACCUUGUGUUUACUGGAUCCGCCGUUCAGCACUGUACGAGCACUAGGAAGCUUGAUUCAGGGACAUUGGAGACCAUUGCUCCUGGCCACGAUUGCUGCGAGACGGUGAAAGUCUCUCUCUGUGCUGCCAAGCAAGGCUCCCCUCUCUUGGUGGUGGCAGAGGACAGCCUGCAGUUUGUUCAGGAUGAAGCUUACGACGCAGCUCAGUUCUUGGCAACCUGCGCUGGCAACCAGCAGGCUCUGAACUUCACAAGGUUCCUGGACAAGUCCAGGCCGCCGGCUGGGGAUGUGGACUUCCUGGACGAGAAAGUGGCUUUGGCAUUUCGUCAUCUGAAAUUGCCGGCUGGGUGGAAUGUGCUGGGAGCAGACCACACUGCAAAUGAGAAUGUUCCCCGGGAGACAUUGAUGCAUUUUGCUGUAAGGCUUGGACUGCUGCGGCUUACGUGGUUCCUCUUGCAACAGCCAGGUGGAAGAGGAGCCCUCAGUGUCCCCAACCGUGAAGGAGCCACUCCUGUGAGCUUGGCCUUGGAGAAAGGCUACCAGAAGCUGCAUCAACUCCUGACAGAAGAAGGAGCCAGCGAACCAGAUUCCUGGAGCGCCUUGUCGCACACAGUACAUUCCGGGGAGUACUGUGUGAAGUACCAUCGGGGGCUAAACAUUUAUACCCUGACGGUCGAAACGAAGGAAGGAGCGGGAUCGAGCAUGGAAAGCGACGUCGUCUGCCUCCAAACGCACAUACAGAACCAUCAGCACAUGAAUACCAGUGAACACCCACACCCUGAGCAGAAAACCAGUUGCGAGGACUGUAUUUGGGCCAGGGAGCUGAGGGCCACACAGCUGUUCCGAGCUGCCAUCCUGGUGAAUGAUGGCAGAAGGAAACCAAGGAGAUGCUUCUGUCCCCUGGCUCUUACUGCGAUGCAGGUUUUGGCCCUUGCCUGCCCUGAGAAGAUAGACAGCUGAAGGUGCGCUUAGACACGCCAAAAGAUU